AUGACCAGUCUACCGAAAAGUCCAGACGGAUACUUGAUGGCAUCACAUGUCGUUCCGAGUGAUUCACAUGAGGAUCUUGACGCGGCUGGAAACACGGAAAUAUACUCAACGACGGCAGCACCUCAAUGCCAGAUAGACCAGGAUGGCGAGGUUGGCUUGGGCUUGAUUGCAAAAUGGCUCCCUUUUCUCGCGCUUGUACCCACGACAAUCCUGAGUAUCGUGCUAUUCGCAGGCAAUGCACACAAUUGGGUGGCUCCGGAUUCUACAUACAGUUUCAUCAGCACCAACCGGACUGUGUCUCAAGUCGCUGUUCAGGUGAUAGCGUACACCCUCGGAAUGCUGAAUACGUCGGUGGUGUGCCGACUUCUGCAGUACAUUACUCGGAAGCGUCUCUCAACGAGAUCAAUAUCGCUUGAUUCUCUGCGCUUCUGGACUGGGAUACAGUCACAAAAGCUCCUCACCAAUAUACCUGUUUACAUGUCGACUUCGCUCGCCUUUUUCUGCUUGUUGAGCGUUGGGCCCUCGGCAGUGUGGACUGGUGCCUUGACACCAAUAGAAAUCAUCUCAAAUCGCAGCGCAGUCUUGUCUGUUCCUAACUAUUCCAACACAAGUAUGCUGGUCUACAAUUGGGGUGAACGGUUCGGUUCCUAUUCUCGACAGUCAGACCAGGGGCUGUUUACAUACAACGUGGGCGAACAAUAUAUGCCACACCUUAUGAAUAGCUUGGCAACGGCAACCACGGUGGACGGUUCCGCCAGAGUUCAUUCCAAGCUCGACAAUACCGGGUUUUCCUAUAUUGGCCGCUCCCAUGGUGUUGGGGCUCCGAUUGGUCUCGUCGAUGAUGCGCUCAGCAUAACGCCCCAUGCGACUGGUUACACGUACAUUGAGAGCGGGUACAAGGCUCAUGUUGAUUGCAUAUACAAUUCCAGCGCAGACUUCAGUCUGCAAUGCCAGGACUCCUCCUAUUAUGUUGUCUGCGCUGCAAAAGGAUAUCUUCCAAACAGUCUGCCAGGGCAACAGGAAUCCCUGGACUAUAUGGGCUAUUCAUCGUCGCCCAUAGCGGCCAUUGGUGUCACGUCCAAUCCAGCGCAGCCAAGAAGAAUGCUCGCCACGGCCACGGGCACAGACUAUGAGCAGUUGAAUAAUAUCCAGUGCGAAUGGGAGUUCACGCCAUCACAAUUCAGUGUUUCGACGAGCUUUGCGGCCAAGAACAUAAGCGUAACACUAGUACCUCAGGACCUGACCUCCACUCCAGAAGCAGUAGACGAUUUUGAACCAAAGGGAAACCUCACGUUUCUUGCUAAUUGGCAAUUCAACCUCAUGUCGUCGGAUCUCUCGAGCUUGUAUUCAUCGUUUCUCGGAAAAUCCAUCAAUGCCAAUAUCGAAAAUUACAGGUUUGCGCACGCUAGCAAUAGUACGCAGCCGGAGCUCAGCGACGAAGAGGCGACACUUGGUGGUCUCGAGGCUGCACUUGAAGCCGUCAUGGAUGACCUCCUGCUUGGGUACGCGGGAGCACAAUUAAUGGUACCCAACGUUUCGUCCGACGUCGACGCUCAUCUGCUCACGCGAGCUGUCAAAUUUGGGCAGACAAGCUGGAUCGUGGCCAUAUUCGCGUUCAACAUUGUAUUACUGGUUUGGACCAUUGUCGAGGCUACGAGAACCUGGGGCUGGAAAGGGCUUACAAUAUUUGACUUUACGGACCCAGCCGCACUGGUUUUGGGGACAGCCAAAGCUAGCAAGUGCUCAUGUAACAAGAAUCUCUCGGAAAGUCAUGAUAAAGGGUACCACUUAUCGGGCAGUGAUCCGGAUGGCAAAAUUAGGAUUGCACAAAGGGGUUCAUCUCUAGUUAUUUGUAGCCCCAGCUAA